AUGGAAAAACAUGAAGCAGGUGGAAAUUCUUUUCUUAAUUUUUUAUCUCCUUUCCGAAAUCAACAAUCUGAUCUAAAUCAAGUUGCUUCUCCGAAGUUGCAAGAUCAUUUAAGAUGCCUGGAUUCAGCCUAUAGUCGUACUACACAAGGCCACAAUGAUACUCCCACGACUCGAACGCGUAUCUCUAAACGACCAAUAGCAAAUGUAGAAUUAACUCCUAGCCACUAUCCGUCAAAACCCCUGAGAAAUAUGAACUCCAUACAGUAUUUUAUGAAUCUCGAUGCCCACACACUCUUUUUCAUCUGUUAUUACCUCGAUGGCUCGAAGGCUCAAUAUUUGGCCGCUAAAGUCCUAAAGACGCAGUCUUGGAUGUAUGACGCAGAAGAUUGCAAAUGGUUCAAAAGCAUGGAACUUCCUACGCUAGUGAAGAAAUAUUUAGGAAUUGGAAAUUUUCAUUAUUAUUACGAUUCCGAAAAUAUGGUGAUUUCGAGAUACUUCUCCGAAAAGAUUGAGCGCAGUGAACUAAGAUUCGAUGAUUAG